AGCGUGCAAUUGGCAUGCUGACUGCAGGAAUGUCCACCAGAGCUGUUGCCAGAUAAAAAUACAAUGCAGUGGCUCCGGCGAAACUACGCUAAACCGCUGCAUUUACUCAAAUGUGACACCUUAUAAUAAAUAGGUUUAUGGGUUUGCAGACUAAAUUCAAUAGGAGUACUGGAAUGCAUUCAACCAUAGAUACGCUUUUUCAAUGUAUCUUAUCAUUUAAGUAGCCAGCCCAUAGUCGCACACAACAGCUUUGUGCGAAUAUGCGGACACUAUACCUCAGGGUUUUACACAAAGGUGCGUGACAUGACAGUAAGCGGAGGAUGGCUCGAAGUAUCGAGGAUGCUAGCGCGUCACUGACAUCAUUACCAAAAGCCUUCAGAGGAGUCAGAAACGAUGAAACCUGGUUGGAAAAGUUACUCUUCUUUGUUUUUUUCAUUUUACAACGACGGUAAUAUUUAAGAUGGAAACAACAACCACUGUGAAUGGAGGUGGAGGAACCAGUGGGUCAAAAGAUUACAAAAAGCCAACUGCUGCUGCACUGAAAGGAGCCAUCCAGCUGGGCAUUGGGUAUGCUGUGGGGAACCUGAUAUCCAAGCCUGACAGAGAUGUGCUCAUGCAGGAUUUCUACAUGGUGGAGAGUGUCUUUCUACCCAGUGAGGGGAGCAACAUGACCCCAGCGCACCACUUCCCAGACUUCCGCCUCAAAACCUACGCCCCUCUCGCCUUCCGCUACUUUAGGGAGCUCUUUGGCAUCAAAGCAGAUGACUACCUGUACUCCAUCUGUAAUGAGCCUCUAAUCGAGCUGUCCAACCCCGGGGCCAGCAGUUCCUGGUUCUACCUGACCAGCGACGAUGAGUUCAUCAUUAAGACAGUGCAACAUAAAGAGGCUGAGUUCCUGCAGAAACUCCUUCCUGGUUACUACAUGAAUCUGAAUCAGAACCUGAGGACACUGCUACCUAAGUUCUAUGGCCUGUACUGCAUCCAGUGUGCCGGGGUCAACAUCCGCCUGGUGGUGAUGAACAACGUGUUGCCCAGGGCCCUCCAGAUGCACUACAAAUACGACCUGAAGGGCUCCACUUACAAACGCCACGCCUCGUGCAAGGAACGCGCCAAGUUCUCACCGACCUUCAAAGACCUGGACUUCCAGGAGAUGCUUGAGGGCCUGCACUUUGAUGGCGACAUGUACAGUGCCUUAAUGAAGACACUGCAGAGGGACUGCAGGGUCCUGGAGAGCUUUAAGAUCAUGGACUACAGCCUCCUGCUGGGGGUGCAUGUGCAGGACAAGAAGUGUCUGGACAGGGGGGCCAGGGCGGACAGUAAGCGCCUCAAUGGCCAGAGGGUCCUCUACUCCACCGCCCUGGAGUCCAUCCAAGGGGACGGCAAGGUUGCAGAGCCAGUGGCCGACGAUGACACAAUGGGUGGAAUUCCAGCUAAACACAAAGAUGAGAAGCUGCUGAUCUUCUUAGGGAUCAUUGACAUCCUCCAGUCCUACCGGUUCAUCAAGAAGGUGGAGCACUCCUGGAAAGCCCUCGUACAUGAUGGGGAUACAGUGUCAGUUCACAGGCCCGGUUUCUAUGCAGACAGAUUUUUGAAGUUCAUGGGCGGCACUGUAUUCAAAAAUAUCCGUCCUCUAAGAGGAGCAUCCUCCAAGAGGAAGAGGAGCUCCAUCCAUGCGAUGAGGUCAGCCUCCCAGGAGGUACUGUCCCCCCAAAAGGAGGAGAAGAAGGACGAGAGAAAGGCCCAAAGCAUGGAGAGCCUGGGCGGACAAUUAAUGAGUUCCUCCAAGCACUCUGACCUAGUCCUACUUCCGAAAUGUUUAAAUCAGGCUGUUUCCUCAUCCUUCUCCACUCUUGAGAAGAUCAAGAAAGACCUUGAGGAGCACUUUGAGGAGCACCUGGAGAAUAGUGAUAACCAUUGUGACUCCAGUGCAAAUGUGGCCCUGGAUGACACGGUCCCCUCUCCCCAUACCCAGGGCAGUCCAGACUCUACGCAAUGUCUACUUGGUGGGUGUACAAGAUACACUAUGCAUUUAGUUAGGAGUCUAUAUCUGUUUAAUAGUGUCUAUGACGUCAUCACUUCUGCUUGUCUCUAUGAUAUCAUAAAUAUUCCAUGCCCUUUGUAAGGUCACUGAUUAUGUCGCUCUGUGACAUCAUUGCUAACUUAGCUCCUAUGUAGGACAUCACUAA